AUGAUUACUAUUUGUUAUAAGUAGAUUCAAUAAAUUAACUUGUUUUUUUAUCUACAACUGCAUAUUCAAAUACAUUGGUCUGGUAUGAUGCUAUUAAUAGAAAAUUAAAUUCCAUUGAUAUAAGCUAUCAAUAGAUUUAAUUUUUCUUAUAAUUCCAAAAUAAGUCUUAAACUUCAUACAUAAUUUAAUGGUUUGAUAACUCAUUUUAAAAAGUCAAUUUUCUUGAAGAUAGAUCAAUAGAGAUAUAAAAUAUUGAUUCAUAAUAAGAUUUAGGAAAUUAUUCCUUUUAUCAAUUUUAGUAAAGAAAUGAUUAUUAUAUUGCCUUUUCUUAUGAUGGUUUUUAUGGUAUUUUUACUAUUUUAAAAAUCAAUAUUUAAUCAAACUUAAUAUGCAUAGGUAGCUAAAUAGAAUAAUUUUAGAGAGAUUUUUUUGAUUUUGAAUUAGUUUAUUUUUCAGAUUUACUUAAUUCUAUCAUAUAUCUAAAUUACCAGGAUAGCAAUUUACAAAUUUUAGUUUUAAAUGAUUUGUCUGAAUAAAUAAUUUAAAGAAUUAAUUUGA